AGCAGAACAGAUUCUCUCUCCCUGUCUCUCUCUUCCCUCCCCCUCCUCCUCCUAGCGCUCACUCUGCUUCUCAUACAGAGUGCGGACUGCAGCAGAACACGGUACCAGAAGGAUUUGCCGUCAUCCAGUGGACGAGCUGAGAAGCAGGUGGCUGAUCCUCCGAGGACCGGAGACGCGUCUCACCUGGAGGGUGCACAGGCGACGUCUGCGUGCUGGUGCGAGUGUGAGGUGAAGGCUGGACGCUCAGGAACCGCUGUGGACAAAUCCUCUUUGGCUUACUUUCUCACUCCGGACCAAUCAUCCACCUGCGGGAUAGGAUGCCUUGUCCGGCGCCCCUGUGCUGAGGAGGCAUCGGUGGGUAGCAGUAUGGGCGCUGAGCUGGUCACCAUCCCCACCACACCCUCCACCAGCAAUCUACCACCACCACAUUGCCCUUCCAGGACGGGCAUUCCCCCCAGCCCUGCUGAUGGGCGAAGACACUGACGCCACCCCGACGCUCGACCACCGCGGUUAUCUCCCGGACCACAACUAUGUGACUGAAGGGCUGCUCCUGGCUAUAGCCUGAAGAGCUCCGCCCAUCCUGUCCACCCCUCCUCACCCUGGAGUCCUCCCCCAGGAUGUUGAGCCCCAUCCAGGUCCUGUGCUCCGACAUCACUACCCUUUCUCUGGAGCCCGAGCCGUUUGCCUCUUACACUGAAGCUGAUAUCAUCUCCACCGUUGAGUUCAACCAGACGGGAGAGCUCCUGGCCACUGGGGACAAAGGCGGCCGAGUGGUCAUCUUUCAGAGGGAACCUGAGAGCAAAUCUGAGCCCUUCUCCCAGGGUGAGUACAACGUCUACAGCACCUUCCAGAGCCAUGAGCCGGAGUUCGACUACCUUAAGAGUCUGGAGAUUGAGGAGAAGAUCAAUAAGAUCAGAUGGCUGCCUCAGCAGAACCCUGCCCACUUCCUCCUGUCUACCAAUGAUAAGACCAUUAAAUUGUGGAAGGUGAGUGAGAGAGACAAGCGGCCAGAAGGAUACAACCUGAAGGAUGAGGAGGGUCGUAUCAAGGAUCUGUCCACGGUGACCUCUCUGCAGGUGCCGGUGUUGAAGCCGAUGGAUCUGAUGGUGGAAGUGAGCCCACGGCGGGUUUUUGCAAACGCCCACACCUACCACGUCAACUCCAUCUCAGUCAACUCGGACUACGAAACCUACAUGUCGGCCGACGACCUGAGGAUAAACCUCUGGCACCUGGACAUCACCGACCGCAGCUUCAACAUUGUGGACAUCAAACCGACCAACAUGGAGGAUCUGACAGAGGUGAUCACGGCGGCUGAGUUUCAUCCCCAUCACUGCAAUUUGUUCGUCUACAGCAGCAGCAAAGGGACGCUGCGACUGUGUGACAUGAGGGAAGCAGCGCUGUGUGACAAACACUCCAAAUUGUUCGAGGAGCCAGAGGACCCCAGCGCUCGCUCCUUCUUCUCCGAGAUCAUCUCCUCCGUGUCUGAUGUCAAGUUUAGCCACAGCGGCCGCUACCUGCUCACCAGGGACUACCUGACCGCCAAAGUCUGGGACCUCAACAUGGAGAGCAAGCCCCUGGAGACGUACCAGGUCCACGAUUACCUCCGCAGCAAGUUGUGCUCGCUUUAUGAAAACGACUGCAUCUUUGACAAAUUUGAGUGUGCCUGGAACGGCUCCGACAGCGUCAUCAUGACGGGUGCCUACAACAACUUCUUCCGCAUGUUCGACCGCAACACCAAGCGGGACGUGACCCUGGAGGCGUCCAGGGAGAGCAGCAAACCCCGAGCGGUCCUGAAGCCGCGGAGAGUGUGCGCGGCUGGAGGCAAGCGGCGGAAAGACGACAUCAGCGUGGACAGCCUGGACUUCACCAAGAAGAUCCUCCACACUGCCUGGCACCCCACGGAGAACAUCAUCGCCAUCGCCGCCACCAACAACCUCUACAUCUUCCAGGACAAACUCAACGCUGAGAUGCAUUAGAGACACUGAAGACGUGCCGGAAUGUAACCGCACACACACACACACAAGCCGUCAUGCAACCAGGAAUAUGCCUAAAGAGGCAGGAAGGUAAACACACACUCACAUCUUCAUCCCUCUCCUCCUCCUCCUCCUCCUCCUCCCAGGACGCCACAGAAAGGGGGAUUAGUGGAUCAGUGGAGAGACGUUUACAGGUUUUUUAACUUCCGUUUUUCAGGAUCCGUUUUUAACUUUGUCCUCCGCCUCUUCCUCCCCCCUGGUACUAGACCAUGUUUGUGUUUGUGCUCCAGCCUCUUCUUGGAUUUGUGUAACAGGAGCCAGAAGCAGCCCUGAGAAGUGGGCUGUUUAUGUAACUGGCUGUUUGUUUGUUUUCUAAAGCCCUUUUUUUGUUAGUGUAAUUCCUUCUUUAGGGAUCGUAAGGAUGGUGUGAGGCUCGAUGAUGAGUGCACAGAAUUUUUUUCUAUCAAUAUCGGAUUGAGAUUUUCACCUCGGCUCUGAGUUUGCCUGAAUGUAAGACCUUCACAAUUCAUUACUUGACCUGCAAUAAUCGUCCUUCUCUCUGCUACUGUCUCGCUCACACACACCAAACAUCCAAUAAUAAUCUAAACGUGACAUAAACAUCACGAAAAUGGGCGCCACCCUUGAAUGGAUGAAGAGUGAUUUCAUUGAAUGCCAUAUUGUUUCCCAGAAAACAUGAGUCUGGAUUGUUGCAUUCCUGUGAGAGAUGACAGUUUCCUUAUUUUUAGUAAAGUCUGGAUUAUACAAUGAUGAAUUAAACCACCACAAAUGUACACACUUGGAUUAAAGAGGAUUAGCCGCCGCAAAUUGAGCGGCGCUGAUCCUCAUCCCAUUCUCCUCACGCCAACCUUUUAUCAUGUCUUUCUCAAGUGAAUGCAACACGCUUUGCUCUCAAUCCCGUAUUGAAUGAAAGCCCCCCCUAAUCCAAGCUCCCACCUUGCGUUUCCCAGAAGCGACUUAUUUGUGUCGACCGUCCAAAUCUCCUGCUGCUUCUGGUCCGCAUUAAACAUCACACAAACAAAGCAAAAAAAAACUGAAAAAGCAAAAAAAAGACGCUGCAUGUGGAACAGAUUUAAGCCUUGCUGUUUUUAAAUUGACCGACUGACUUGGCUGCCUUCUUAACCACGUAGACCCGGCUGUACAAAAGCUUCAGGGCCCCGGGGCCCCCAAUGCAGCACGAGCUAAACACUUACGACCCAGCUCCUCCUCUAUUAUCCGUGUCUGCGGACAUGGAAGCAUGUUUACUAGUGUUUGGGUCAAACAUGUACAUGUGAAUGAGCAGGAGUCUCCCGUGGGGCUGAGAUGAAGAAUGUCUCUUUAAACAAAACAAAAAAAAAGGGCCACAGUGGUGUCUGUAUAUACCUGCUGAUGUUUGAGGUCCUGUCUGUUUUCUAAGUCCUGAUGUCCCACACUAAACUUCAGCUGAGAUGGUGCUCUCAUCUCGUCAGCCUUCCUUCCAUGUGUUUCUUUGCAGAAAGGUUUAUUUUUAGAUUUUUCUUCUUUGUCCUUGACGUUCAGCUCCGUCAUCUGUCUUGAUGUAUGUCGAUGAUAACUGUCACACGGACAGUUACAAAUGAUUUAAUAUGUUUUUCUCAAUAAAAACUUCAAAGAAAUUGCAUCCA